AUGAAGUUUGACGGAACCACUUUGCAUAAGUAUACAAAAGAAAAGAAAGUAGGUGAAGGUACUUACGCUGUCGUUUACGUGGGAAAACAGGAAUUCUCUCACAGACAGGUCGCCAUCAAGGAGAUCAAAACAGGACUCUUCAAAGAUGGUCUAGACAUGUCAGCUAUACGAGAGGUCAAGUACCUCAAAGAGCUACGUCACAAUAAUGUCAUCGAAUUGGUGGAUGUGUAUAUGUCUCCAGAUAAAAACCUUAACUUGGUCUUGGAGUAUCUUCCAUGUGAUCUAGAAGUAUUGAUCAAGGAUACCUCUGUGGUGUUCAAAUCGUCGGAUAUUAAAUCUUGGCUUCUCAUGACUCUUCGAGGUCUUCAUCAUUGUCAUCGUAACUUCAUCUUGCAUCGAGACUUGAAGCCUAACAACUUGCUUUUGUCCCCUGAUGGUGAAUUGAAGCUCGCCGAUUUCGGUUUGGCUCGUGCGUUUGGCAGUCCAAAUGAGGAUCUAACUCCCAAAGUUGUCACUAGAUGGUAUAGAGCUCCCGAAUUGCUUUUUGGUGCUAAGCAUUAUACCGGCGCCGUAGAUAUUUGGGCUGUGGGCAUUAUUUUCGCCGAGCUCAUGCUUAGAAUCCCCUAUUUGCCCGGAAAGGACGAUGUGGACCAAUUGGAUGUCACAUUCAAAGCUCUAGGCACUCCCACAGAGCAGAUAUGGCCUAAUGUGUCAAGUUUGCCCAAUUAUGAUGCAUUGAAAGUGUAUCCCUUGCCUUCGAGACAGGAGCUCAGAAAUAGGUUCAGUGCCGCAACAGACAAGGCAUUGGAUUUGAUGAUUAUGAUGACGCAAUUGGACCCAUCACGUAGGUUUGACACUACGCGAUGCUUGCAGGAUGACUUCUUCCUUGAACAACCGCUUGCCACAUCUCCAAAAGACUUGCCCACAAAAAGUAGCGGCGGCGACGAAAAAAGAAGAAAAACAAAUGCUUGA